CCCCUCCUACUCAACUGCCUCACAGCUGCAAGUCUUAUCUUGUGAGCUUCAUGCUGGUAGUAAACAGAAGAAGAAAACUUAAAGCAGACGAAUAUUAAGUUUUUAAAGUAAAUGUUUUCACCAGAGAUUAAUUAUGGAGAUCUCUAACACGAUGUUGUUGGUGGGCUUUGUGGUGGUUCUGCUUGUGGUGGUCAGAUGGAGGAGUAACAGACGCAAGCUUCCACUUCCUCCGGGACCACUAGCUCUGCCUGUGCUUGGCAAUCUUUUCAUGCUGAACAAAAGUGCACCCUUUAAAAGCUUCCUGGAGUGGAGUAAGAUCUAUGGACCAGUGAUGACGGUGUACCUUGGACCCCAGCGAGCGGUGGUUCUGGUGGGCUAUGAUACAGUAAAGGAGGCCCUGAUAGACCAGCCAGAUGACUUUGCAGGCCGAGCCCAAAUCGCCUUUCUACACAGAGUAGUAAGAGGCUAUGGACUUGUUAUCGGUAACGGAGAACGCUGGCGUCAGCUCAGGCGAUUCACCCUCACAACCCUGAGAGAUUUUGGGAUGGGGCGCAAGAGGAUUGAGAACUGGAUUCAGGAGGAGAUCAAACAUCUUCAUAACAGUCUCAGAGAAACUAAAUCCGCCCCAUUUGACCCCACCUUCAUCGUGAGCCGAGCUGUAUCCAACGUGAUCUGUGCGCUGGUGUUUGGGCAGCGUUUCAGAUAUGAAGACAACAACUUGCUCCGUCUUUUACAGAUCAUCAAUAAGCUUGUGCGCUUCGGCAGCAGCCCAUAGGGACAGGCAUACAAUAUUUUCCCGUGGCUCAUGGAACAGCUGCCAGGACGUCACCAGAGCCUGCUCAGAGAAGUGGAUGAGAUGAUGGAUUUUUUUAUGGAAAAAAUUAAAGAGCAUGAGGAGAGCCUGGAUCUAGAUAACCCACGGGACUUCAUUGACUGCUUCCUCAUUAGAAUGAAUCAGGAAAAGGACAAUCCAGAGACAGAGUUCCACUAUAAUAACAUGCUUUCUGUUGUCCUCAACUUGUUUCUGGCUGGGACUGAAACCACCAGCACUACAAUCAGAUAUGCUCUAAUGAUACUGAUUAAGUACACACAUAUACAAGAUCAAAUGCAGAAGGAGAUUGAGACUGUGAUUGGAGGAGAUAGAUGCCCUUUAAUGCAAGACAGGAAGAGCCUCCCCUUCACAGAUGCAGUAAUCCACGAAGUGCAGCGGUACCUGGAUCUAGUUCCAUUUAAUCUUCCACACUGCGCCACACACGACUUCUCAUUCAGAGGACAUGCUAUUCCAAAUGGUACCAUCAUAAUUCCUUUACUACACUCAGUUCUGAAAGAUGAGGGGAUGUGGGAGAGCCCCUGGACUUUCAACCCAAACAACUUCCUGGAUACAAACGGCAACUUCAAAACUAACCCUGCUUUUAUGCCUUUCUCUGCAGGUAAGCGCGCGUGUGUGGGGGAGUCUCUGGCUCGUAUGGAGCUCUUUAUGUUCAUCGUAUCUCUGCUACAGCACUUCACCUUCAGCAGUCCAGGUGGACCGGACAGUGUUGACCCCACCCCUGAACUGAGCAGCUUUGGCAACCUGCCCCGCAUGUACCAGCUAAUCGCCUCCCCCCGCUGACCCAGUGCAGUACUGACUGUGCUGGUGUUCGUUUGUAACACCAAAGCAGAGCUAAGGAAGGAUGCACUGUCUUAACCCUUGUGUGGUGUUCGGGUCUGUGGGACCCGUUUUUUUAUUUUUCAUCAAAUGAUACCAAAAAAAAAAAUUUU